AUGGCGUCCCAUCACACAUCAUCCCAGGCCUCGGCCUCGGCCUCGGACCGUCAUGCAUCCCAGUCCUGGCCUCCAGAGAACGACGAGCUGCUCAUGCUUGCUCGCCAACGAGGUCUCAAUUGGCAACCCAUUGCCUCCCAGUACUUCCCAGACAAGACCGCCAAUGCCUGCCGCAAGCGCCAUGAAAGACUCAUGGACAAGCGGAACAGCGCCGAUAAUUGGGACGGCGUCAAGGUAGAAACACUAGCCAAAGCCUACGUCGACGUCCGCGAGCAAAUGUGGAAGAUCCUCGCCGACAGGAUCGGCGAAAAGUGGCAGAAUGUUGAAGCAAAGUGCAUGGAGAAAGGCCUGAAGACCCUCCAGACAGCGGGCCGUACAGCCUCACGGCGCGAAGCUCGCGCAAAUCUAGGCCAUGACUUCGACUCCGACGAGAUCAUAGACAGUCGCUUUCCGCCAUCCCGGCGUGAGCGCUCCCGAUCGCAUCAAGAUGAAGAAGACGGCUUCAACGAUAGCGCCAUUGGUCCUGAAGAUCAUCCAUUCGUCAACGGCAAUGCUUUCGGAUCGAGCAGAGAUGACCACCAGCCAGCCUCUUACUCCGCUGGCGGCAUAUCUAAUCCUUCACCUUCCUAUAGCUCCGCCCGGUCGUUUAGCAUCAACAGCAAUGCCUCCUCUUCAUUGGCAGGGUUUACGCCCACAGUGACAGCCGCACCUCAAUUUCCUUCUAUUCACCAGCAACCACAGACACUUCCGAGCUUCAGUGCUGCCUUUGGCAUGCCAAGUAUCUCAGCCGUUUUGCAUCACUCGCCGCAUCAUUCGCCGGCUGUUACGACUCACUAG